AUUCGCUAUGGAUGGCAUUUCUGUCAGUUUGUAUUCAAAAAUUCAGUUUGUUGUUCAAUUUGUUGUAAUAUAUUUUAGUGUUUUUAUUUUCAGGUGUAAUGGAGAAGAGCUUCGACUUCGGACGGCUUCUGAAGAACCACGAGAAGAAACACAAAAACAAACCUGCGCAGUUUACUAGCGUGGCAGGCGGGGUCCAGAAGCGCUUGGGAGACAACUUGAAACACAGAAAAAGCAGUCGUUUGACUGUGUUUGACAGAAUAAGGAACUUAUCACGAUGUGAAAGCCCUACACCAGUAGGACCAGUGGACACUGCCAAAUCCAAGGUUGAGCAUCGGAGACAGCAGCUAGAAAAAUGGAAGGAAGAAAAGGAAAAGCAAAAAAAGCAGGCCGCUGCUCUAAAGAAAAAGCCAUUUGUAGCAGGAGUACCGCACGCUCCCUUAAAGUUUGUACCGCCUCCACCACCACCAAAACCAAUGCCGAGUACUUCUGGGAGGGUUACGAGAUCACAAUCUGCCAAGCAAAGUGCAACACAAAAAGCUAACACCAAACAGAACAGGGCUCAGUCAUUUGCCCCCAUAAAUGCUUCAUUUCAGCCACCAAAAAAUCUGAUUAAAGUACCAAAAUUAGCUCCUGUGACCAAAACAAAGACAGACGAAAUUAAUUACACAUUUAAUCCAGUAUUACCAAAUUCAUUGAAAAAUCCUGAAAAACAAACUAAAUCAACGAGAUCAAGAACACAAGUGAAUUCAAGACAAGCAAAUACUAAAACAUCUGAAACACGAAAUACUCGCAGUAAUGCUGCUAACAACAAAAAUACUAGACUUGCUAAAAAGCAAAGCCCUAAGAAAGCAUCAAAUUCCCUUCAGAGUACAAGUUCGAGUAGUGAAGUUGAUACGGCAUCCUCUACAGAAAAGUCACCAGUUUUCCAAGUUAAGACACCUAGAAAGUCUUUAAAUAAAUCAAAGCAAUUCACACCCAUAAAACCUGUGCCCAAGAGUGAAUCUAGCUCAGAAGAGAAACUUAGGUCUCCUAAAUCGCCAAUAGAUGUUGUGGUAGUGCCGAUGACUCCGGAACAAAUAGAUGAGGAGUCUAAGAAGAUCAGUCCUUGCGUCACCAUGUCCAGAGGGAAGGAUAAUGCUAGAAGAGAAAUGAAAAAGAAGAUGGAAGAAGGAUUGUUGGACGAUGACACAAGUGACAUGGAGAGCAUCAACCACUUCAGGCGUCAGCUCCAGUCUGAAAUCAAACGCAUGACGGAGAUGUGUGAGGUGUGGGACAAGAUACAAGAGCAGACACCUCUUUCAGAGACUAUACAGGAGCUGGUGUUAGGCGCGGUGGGGCAGGCGCGGCUGCUGAUGUCGCAGAAGCUGCAGCAGUUCGCGUCGCUGGUGGAGCGCUGUGCGCGCCCCGAGCCGGCCCAAGCGCUCGUCACACCCGCCGACCUGCAGGGCUUCUGGGACAUGGUGUUCAUGCAGGUGGAGAACAUAGACAUGCGUUUCAAGAAGCUGGAAGAGUUGCGAGCGCGCGGCUGGGUAGAAGACGCGCCGGUGGCCGUGGUCCGUAAGGCGGCGCCCAAGAACAACGUCAAGAAGCUCACCAAGCCCAGCGGUGGGCCCAGCAGGCUGAGGGAGAUGAUUGCUGCUGCAAGAAAAGCAAAGAAGGAGCAAGAAGAAGCCACCACCACUUUAGCAGCGCCAGCCAGCCCGGCCGAACCCAGCAAGACGUUCGAAGCCGGUUUCUUCUGCGUGAAGUCUCCUGUGCGGUCACCCGCACAAUCUACGCCCGCUAAGCACAGCCUGCUCAAAGCUGUGCUCUCUAGUGAGGCUAAGAAAGCCUCUGCUUCUAAGAACACUGCAUCGUUUGCGAUGUUGCGAGCUUCGAUAAUGAGCAAAAAUGUGGAAGAUGGAAUAGCGCCUCUACCGCCUUCACCCGUGUCACCUGUCAACUUAUACGCGACGCCAGCGCGUAGCAUCCUCAAAUCCGCCAACGUAGCGUCCGAAAAGAAAGCCGGAAAGAAAUCCAUCAAAGUGGUCCUCUUCGACGAGGCUGAGACAGACAACGACCUGAGCAGGACAGAAGAUAAAAAAGAAGAUUUAGGUGUGUCUGAGUUGAACACAGACAGCGGACUGUCCUCUAUGGACGUUGAAAAGGAAACAGAACAAAAGGAAAACAGGGCUGUAACGAAAAGAGGUAGGUUGGUCAGGCAGGAUGCGACUACAGUAGACAGCCACCAAGUCAUGACCAGAAGUCGGAGGAAGAGUCUCAACGCUCAGCUCGAUGUGUCCAAUGAGGACGCAGAAGAGAAGACACCUAGAAGAUCGUCAAGAAAGAAGAAAGCGCUACAAGAAUCGGAAAAUAUAAUGGAGGAUAAGAUGGCGACCCCCAAAAGGUCUGUCAGGUCGAGGAAAAGUGGUAUACAGAGUGUUGUGGCAUAGAUUUAGGAUUAGACUGGAUAUUAGUAUAAAGAUGGAGACAUCACAAGGUUUUGCAAUACUUUUGUAUAGCAGAACACACGGACAUUCACUUGCAGCGGUAUUUCGGUGCAUUAGCGAUUAUCGCCAUAUCGUUAAAAACAUAAGCCUCCUUCUGGCGCAGUCGGGUAAAAAGAGGGGGUUAGAUAAGUCAGUCGAGGCAAAGCGAGUUAUUUUAAAAAGACCUUAAGAAAGAGACCGCCAUUCAUAGGUUUCGGUUUGUGUAGCGGCGUCUCUUUCAUUAUUUUGUUGUCAGACUAACAAUUGUAUUACAUUUUUUUUCUUUUUAUUUUCCACUAUUAUUUUAAAAUAGCAAGUCGAUUGUUAGUUUAAUCUUCUAUCUCAAUGUUAUUUUCUUUAUUGUAUAGUUUUACUUGAAAUAAUCAUGGCGUUUGCAUCAAGUAUUGUCAUUUGUAAAAGAUAUGUCUGUAUUUAGCAGAUAUGAUCUUUUCAAUAUCGUAUAAAAUAUAGAGAUAACUUUUUAGUGUUCAUUAAAAAUAAUUAUCUCCAAGUUAACUUUGUCCAAAGAAAUAAUGAUUGAGACAUUAUGUAUCCGAAAAUAAUGCCGCACAAAAUUUAAUGUUAGUUAGACAUUUACAAUCAUUGAAGUGUGUUAAAUUAUGUUAAAUGCAAGUUAUUCUUGUUAAAAUAUUGUAUUUUGUAGAUCUGUUUGUGACUGUACUGAAAAUUAUCAUAAGUUGUUGCGUAUCUGUAUUUCUUUUAGUUUUUGACAUUGAAAUGAAUUAUAACAACGUUAGUUUGAUAAUA